AUGCCGCUCAUCUCAACCAAAUCGUUGGUCGCAACGGGCCUUUUUGUAUUGAUUCCCGUGUCAUUGAUCUACACUUUCCAUUCCUCUGCGAGCACCAUAGACUCGAUCCUCAAACCAACAUUCCAAGUACCCACUUCAACUGCAUCGGAACAUCUGCUCACCAGCCGUGAAAGUCUCCGAAAGCGAGCUCCAGCCGAAAAUGCCGACCCAGAGUCUCUUGACAUUUUGGAAUUUGCAAAAAAGGAUAACUGGAAAGGAGUCUGGAUUUCAAACAAAUGCUCUGCAAACGAAGAAACCAGGUUUCGAAAGGGAUGGAUUGAAUCUGGGUAUCUCACUAGACUGUUCAAAAUGAGUCUUGAGGAAAUUAGAUACGAACGGGCAUUGGGUGAUUUUUUGGGACAUGCAUGGAAGACCAAUGGAUUUGCGCAAAGGAUUACAGAUAACUUCGCGCGUAUUGAAGCUCUCCAUUCUGGUGGGAAGGGAUUCAAACAGAAGCUCGAAAUAUAUUGUGACGAGACCGACACUCCCAAGGGGAUUUUAACUGCCUGCGGGAAAACUAAUUGCUGCGAUGGUAGUCCAGAUGGGAGAGAAGGAGGAUAUUUCUAUGUGAAACAAGGCGUGAUGCCGGUGACAUAUGCAAUAGUUUUAUGCUCGAAAUAUUUCGAAGGGAAGACGGCCCUAGAACGGGCUGAAGAGUUGAUUGACUCGAAGUUGCCUAACUUUGACCAAAUCAAGCAAAAUAUUUGGGCGUUGUAUCCAAAUAUUGCAUCCACACUUUUACACUUACAACUCCAUUUGCCAUUUGCCCCUACCCCGUCGCUAUAUAUCGGGGACGCUGUAGGCUACUACAAUCCAACUGGAAGCGGUGACCUUGCUUCCAAGUCAGCCGACCAGUCCACCAGGACUGCUGAAAACUAUGCCAUAGCAGCCCUUGCAGUCGCACAAAUCCACAUAUUCGGAUUAGAGAAAGCCCCAUCCUUCGGGGAUAAAAAAGAUUUAGAGCUUGAACAGAAGGAAGGAAAAUUUAAAGGUCUCAUGGGAACUGCUAUGGAAGGGUCGAAUCGGAAGGAGCCGGCACCCGGUCCUAAGCCAUCAGUUCUGGAACCUGAGACCCCGAGCCAAAAGAAGGCUGGGCUUUCCUCAGCGCUUAAAGGUAAUCUUAGUGAUGUAAUCGGCGCGGGCGCUGGUUUUAAAUUGCCACGCUUAGCUAUUCAGGGUGGCCUUCCGAAGGAUCUUGAUAAGAAAGUGUAUAAGGGAAUACCGUCAAUUCACUAG